ACCCUGAAGAGCAUGAACAACUUCAGCUCUUUUCUGGCAGUAGUACUCGGUCUCCAAAACGCUCCUACACAGCAUAUAACGAAAAAGAUUAAAAUGAGGCUAAAUGAAAUGGGUGCCUAUAUGCUACCACCCAACUUCAGUGCCUACCGCAGAGACUUGGAGGCUGCAAAGAUGCCUUGUAUUCCCUACCUUGGCCUAAUAUUUCAGCAGCUUAUUCACUUGGACAGCGGAAAUCUUCUCUUCUUGCCUUCCACGCCAGAGGAAAAUUGUUCGAGUCAAUCACACAAUGAUCGGGGUCUAAUCGCCGGUGACGAAAUUGAUGAAAACAAGAUUGUUAACUUUUGGAGAUGUUGGAAGCACUACCUUAUUCUAGGCUACUUCAUGAAGAAGACGGACAAGCAUAUGCUUGAUGAGAAUGAAAAAGAGUAA